AUGGAUUCGAAAGGUUGUGAUGCUUCAAAAUUAUUUUCGGAAAUCCACUUUGCUAAAUCAGUUCAAUAUCACCAACCUAUUAUGGAUGAAGUCCUUCAACUAUUGGAGAAGACAAAUGCAAGUUUAGAUGUUGCCCAUUCAUCCGCUUUGCAAAUUAGUGAUUCGGCGAAGUCAUUUAAGGUGUAUGUAUGUAAUUCAGACGUUGAAGAUGAUGUUCAUCAAUGUCUACACGAGAAGUUCAAACUAAGGUUAAUGCAAUUUGAAACUAGUUUUUCAAAAUUUAAAAGUGCAACAAUGGUUGAAGAGAAGCUUGUUAUUGGUGAAGAAAUAUCUCACCCAAAUGAUCAAGUUGUGCACGAGAUGCUGAAGAUUAUU